AUGGGCCGCCGCAAAAUUGAGAUCGAGAGGGUGAAAAACUCCAACACAAGGCAGGUCACAUUCUCAAAGCGUCGAACAGGCUUAUUCAAGAAAGCAAAUGAAUUGUCUAUUUUAUGUGGCGGAGAAGUCGCUAUUGUCGUGUUUUCUCCAGGGAAUAAGCCAUACUCUUUUGGUCACCCAGGAGUUGAUGCUGUUGCGGCCAAGUAUCUUCAACAAGAGCCUAAACCAAGAUACCCCUCUUCUGAUGCUUCCAAUAUGGAUGAGCUGAAUCUGGAACUUGCUGAGGUGUUGGCUCAAAUUCGUGAAGGUGAAAAGCAGGCUGAGACUUAUGAUGAGAUCCUGAAGCAAAAUGAUGUGACAACACUCUCUAACCUUGAAGAAUUGAGAUGUGCAUAUAAAGAGCUUCAAGAUUGGAUAAAAUUGCGUCUUAGUGAUAUCGAGAUAUCAGAAUAUUUGAUGUUUCUUGCUAAGGAGCCAGUUGUGGGAGUUAAGGCUAACUCUGCAGAACAAGAGUAGAAGAAAAUUUUAUGUUUUUUAGCAUGAAAACUAAUUUUAGUUUAUGCUCGCUUUUUUAUGAAUAAUUUAUAUUCCCUUGUCUCUUUGAAAUCUGAUUGCCCGUGUAGUUUUGUGUCUUUGAAAUUUAUGAGUGAUUAAUAAAGUUUUGUGUCUUAUGAUUGUUUAACUUUUCAAUACAUGAUUCAAGAUUUACCAUCCUUAAUUGCUCCUCUCUCCUUUAAUUCAUUUGAUGCAUCCAUUCAAUUUCAAGAUUACCAAUUGCUCAUUUUUAAGAUUGUUUUUUUUUUUCUUCCAAUGAUUCAAUUACAAAUUGCCCAUUCAUUCAAUUCAUACAAAUUCAAGGCAUAAUUAAUUUUGAUAUUCAAAAAGUGCAUAAGUUCUUAUAAAAAAAGUGCAUAAGCCUUUUUUCGGUCUGCUAGGGUUUGCAAGAAUCAGCCGCCGCCUAUCUUUCCUACCAUCACACCGCUGCUCACCCUCACAACACAGCCACCGUCCCUCCUCCUUUUCGUCCCGAUCUGUUCCGUUAAGAUGUAGCAUCUCCGUCUAGUGGUGCGAUCGACCUUGGCGUCACGACACCACCACGUUUCCACCCUUCAAAGGUGGUUCACGCAGCCGCCGCCGCAGUCUACUUUGGCGUUCUUCAAACGCGUUUUUGCGGGUUCUUUGCUCGCCGGUACUCGGCAACAAUGGUUGCAACAGAACACGCAUUGUGAUAUGUGUGGGUGGUUUCUACCACCGUGAAAUCGCCGAAAAUCACCGGUGGUUGGAAAGGUUCCAUAAAUUGUUGAGGGAACAACACUUUGACUCAUGUAAGGCAGUGGUUUCUGAUUCUACAUUCUUUUCACUGUGGUUUUGGACUUGUCAUUCACACCUCUGUGCGUUGUUUUGUUGGAGUCUACUAAUGAGCUAGACUCUUCAAUACCCAAGUCGGCCUAAUUUGCUCGAAAGGGCUAGGUGCGUAGGUACUCUGUGUUACGGUAGUAGUUGAUGGUGUCUUUGGUAUUUUCUGUGCUCGUGGGCUCGGUCCUGCUGACUGAUCAUCCCUCGAUCUGAUGUUCAAUUGAUUUCUAAGUUGCUUUAACAAGACUUAUUUCGUCGAAGGUUGAUACAGAGGUCUAACCUUUACGGGUCUAUCUCAAUAUUUGUAUCAUUCUAUGAUUUCAGACUGUUUAGCUUGAAAAAGCCAUCAUCACUUGUUGCUUGUUGCAGGGUGUAGUAGGUACGUGAGUGAGCUGUUCUGUGUUGACGGUCAGUUCAUUCGCCUUAAGUUACCAAGGACUUCUAUUUUGUUUAUUAGGAUUCAAUAUGAGUUUGUAUGUUUUGUUGUUCUACGUUCAUUCCGAUGGGGGGCAAGACCUAGUCCCCCUUGUAAUUAUCUUAUUUUUCUUUUUUAAUAAUAAUAUGAGCUAUAGGUGGAAGACGGGAAAGGAUAUGAGUGCCGACAUAGUUGACAUAUGAAUCCCUA